AUGUCAUGGCAGGCGCUCGUCUUCCAGCCUGAGCUGCCACCUUCUUGCACACCGACAAACGACUUCCUAUACCGCCUAUCUUCCACAUUCCACACUUGUGUGCCCACGCCUCUAGCCUUCAUAUCGACCCUGUUGGGCACGCUUUCCAUCGUAUCAUGGCUGUUCGCGCAGAUGCCACAAAUAUACAAGAACUACACCAUCAAGAGCACGUCUGGUCUAUCCAUCUUCUUUUUGGUGGAGUGGUGUGCCGGAGAUGUCAGCAAUCUCCUCGGAGCCGUCUUCACAAAGCAGGCAACAUGGCAGAUGAUAGUGGCAGGUUACUACUGCCUCGUAGACUUCUUGCUUGUCGCUCAGUGGGUCUGGUAUGAGCGUCUAAGACACGGAUACAGGAUUCGCCAAAUGUGGCCGGACAGCGAUGGUAGCGAUCAUCAUGGUCGAGGUCAAGAGAUGAUUAUCGAGGGCAUGCUAGCGAUGAGUCGCGAGAACACAUUCGAGAGCAUCGACAGUCCGGAAAGAAAGAGCUCGGCCAAGGAUAUCAAGACGUCUGGUAACGGAAAGGCAAGCAUGUGGCGUAUGCCAGUCUUUGGAGAUGCCAACGAAAAGUACGGAUCGUCCAGAAGUCCACGUGCCAUCAACCGCGUCCAGGCUUCGUCUUCCUUCCAAUCGCCAUCUCCUCGCACUGUGCUGUUGGUGGCUUGCUUGAUCUCUCUUGCCCAAGCGUCGCCACUGAAAUCCAACAUCCACCAUCCUCACCAUCACGAACCCGCCAGCAAGGUUUCGAACCUGGUAGCCGCUGGUACUGUUCUCUCCUGGUUGUCGACAUUGCUGUAUCUAGGUAGUCGAUUGCCGCAACUUUACAAGAACUGGGCCAGGAAAUCAACAGCAGGCCUUAGUGCUCACCUCUUCAUCGCCGCUUUCUUCGGAAACCUGUUCUAUAGUACCAGCAUGCUGACAAACCCCAACCUUUGGGCAGACGCACCUGCUCAUGGCUUGCAUGGCUGGGUUGAAAACACACCUAAUGUGCGUCAUGACUGGUUCAUGCGUGCUUUACCAUUCUGGCUCGGUGCAGCUGGUGUGCUUGUCAUGGAUGCCGCUGUUGGUGUACAAUUCCUAAUGUACGGCGAAAGCGAAGACUCGAAAGUUGUCGUACUCGAAGAAUCUGGCCGUGAGAACUGGCGCUGGCGUAGAGUUAGUGGCUGGAUGCGCGGCUGGGUACCCAGUUUCGGUGAGCCUGUUGGCAAGAUGAACGAUGGAAACGAGCGAGACGCUCUGCUUUCUCACACAGCAAACCAAGAUUAUGGAGCUGCUUCUAGAGCAUGA